GCGAGUAAGCUCAUCCUGGCAAUUGUCUACGAAAUCUGGAAGAAAGGACGAAAGAAAAAACUGCCCGAGCCAAGGUACCUACAUAAAUCUCUCCGACCUUUUGGUAAGGAAAAUUCCCACCCCCCACUUCGCUCAUAAUAAAGCCUGCAACAACGUAUUCGCACAUCCCCCUCCUUCCCGCCUUUUUCUUUAAGGUACUACUACCUCCCGCUCCCGCUUCGAAUCUUUUUCUGCUUUUCCCUUCUUCAUCCUCUUCCUACUUCCUCCCUUCUUCAGCGCCUUCUUUCUUUGGUAUGUCCUUGUUCCAAUUGCUCUCCAUUGUCGGUUCAUUCUAACACUCAGUCGCUUCAGUGACCUCAACUCCAUCGUCACCAAAUAAACAGACUUGUCCGGGUCUGCCCAGCUUUAACCGUUACCUCUUUCUCUCACAUCCUUCUCCUUCUUCACCUAAUCCUCACAAUGUCUGCUACCAACGGCACCAACGGCGUUCACGCCGAGCUCUCCUCAUGGAAGCACUACAACGAGGGUUCUUUCCUCUUCACCUCCGAGUCCGUCGGUGAGGGCCACCCCGACAAGAUCGCUGAUCAGGUUUCCGACGCCAUCCUCGAUGCUUGCCUCAGGGAGGAUCCCCUCUCCAAGGUUGCUUGCGAGACUGCCACCAAGACCGGUAUGAUCAUGGUCUUCGGUGAGAUCACCACCCAAGCCAAGCUCGACUACCAGAAGGUCGUCCGUGACGCCAUCAAGGACAUCGGCUAUGAUGACUCUGCCAAGGGUUUUGACUACAAGACCUGCAACUUGCUCGUCGCCAUUGAGCAGCAGUCUCCCGAUAUCGCUCAGGGUCUUCACUACGAGAAGGCUCUCGAGCAGCUCGGUGCUGGUGACCAGGGUAUCAUGUUCGGUUAUGCCACUGACGAGACACCCGAGCUCUUCCCCCUCACUCUCCUCUUCGCCCACAAGCUGAACGCUGCCAUGUCCGCUGCUCGCCGCGACGGUUCUCUGCCCUGGCUCCGACCCGACACCAAGACCCAGGUCACCAUUGAGUACAAGCACGACAACGGUGCCGUUGUCCCUCAGCGCGUCCACACCGUUGUUGUCUCUGCUCAGCACUCUCCCGAUAUCUCCACUGAGGAGCUCCGCAAGGAGAUCAAGGAGAAGAUCAUCAAGAAGGUCAUCCCCGCCAAGUACCUCAGCGACGAGACCAUCUACCACAUCCAACCCUCUGGCCUCUUCAUCAUUGGUGGUCCCCAGGGUGACGCUGGUCUGACCGGCCGAAAGAUCAUCGUCGACACCUACGGUGGCUGGGGUGCCCACGGCGGUGGUGCUUUCUCCGGUAAGGAUUUCUCCAAGGUCGAUCGAUCUGCUGCCUACGUCGGCCGAUGGAUUGCCAAGUCCCUCGUCAACGCCAAGCUCUGCCGACGUGCUCUUGUCCAGCUCUCCUACGCCAUUGGUGUCGCUGAGCCUCUCUCCAUCUACGUCGACUCCUACGGUACCUCCGAGAAGACCUCCGAGGAGCUUGUCCAGAUCAUCCGAGACAAUUUCGACCUCCGACCUGGUGUCAUUGUCCGUGAGCUCAACCUGGACCACCCUAUUUACCUCCAGACUGCCAAGAACGGCCACUUCGGUACCAACCAGUCCUUCAGCUGGGAGCAGCCCAAGGAACUCAAGUUCUAAGUUGACCAUUGACAUUGUAUCAAGUCACCAAAAGAGUAUUCAACAGCUCUCUGCAUGCAUCGUGAAGAUGUUUAAUCAGUUCAUUUGAUUUAGCAAAUAUAGGCGGCGUACGGUUCUCAACGAAACCUGUGUAUCUCCCACCGGAAGGGAGGACGGUCGGUUUCCGGCUUUUAUUUUGUUUAUAAUUUCUAUCCAAAAAGCCAUUUCGGUUAUACGGUAGUGGGGAUUCUUUUGCGAUAUAUACCAGGCACGGAGUGGGCGUCUUUCAACAAAGACAUAUUAGGGCAAACCUGCAUUUGUGAGGCGAAGCAAAAAAAAGUCAAAAAGAGACUUGCAUUUUAACGAUACCACGACAAGGGAAUGACAAAAGACGACGCGUUCGUGUGAGCGGCGUUUUGACGAGGAAACAAAAGAACUUCAACAUCUUUUUCUUUCCUGGAUCUCUAGCCGAGCUGAUGCAGUAGGCGGGCGAGACCAUGACGCGGUGGAAGUUGGAUGGAUCAUUGGCAAGAAUGUCAAUCUUGGAGAGAAGCAUCUGAAGUGAAGGGAUAGUGAUAGAUAUGCCCUGUCGCUGCGAACUGAGACAGCAGCUAGACCAAGAAAGAAAUCACGUCAAGGGAAUACUCGUCCAACAUGUGUUUGCUGCGAAGUCUGAAGUCUUCUGCCGAAGACACAAAUAGGUUGGUUGCGUUGCGUUGCUGUUGAAUAGGUGUCAUGAUGGUCUUGGCCACAAACGGAAACCCGAAACUCUCAUACCCAUAUGUAGUCCCUCGGUAGGUCAUGGUACUGGGGUAACGCCACGAAGAACUCCAUCAUCAUGACAACCCAUUGAACUAUGCAUGAGCUGGUACCAUAUAUAACGUCCUAAUAUCGCUUGGUUUAUUCCAAUAUUAAAUCUCCCGUAAUUGAACUGGUGUAACCGC